CCACGCUUUAUGAAGGUGAAUGGGGAGAGAAGACAAGUCCUAAGAGCGUCUCUGCCCGAGCUGAAGUGACUAAAAUGGGGCUUCGCAGACUGACCAUGACGUGGGUGUACAUGACAGGCUGCCUUCUAUGGGUGUCUGGAUGUGUCGCGCAAAAAGUAUACUUUGAUUGUGGAGCCAAGGUGGAUGUUGUGGAUGUACAGGGCUUCAUUCUGUCACCCGGCUUCCCUUAUAACUACUCAUCUGGCACUCACUGUGUUUGGCAGUUCUUCGUGCCCAUCGGCCACCAGCUGACCAUGGAGAUGUUUGAUUUCGAUGUCUUUGAGAGUCACAACAGUCCUACCACAUCCACAGCCAAUGUGGACGAGGUACCGAAUGAUGAAGGGACACUGGUAUCAAAAGGCCUUGCUAUUAGUCAGAACAUGGGAAGUCCAAUCAAAGAACCCCAGUCCACACAUAGGGACGAAGUCAAGCAAGUUGUUGUCCAGGAGCAGUCCACUAAAAUGGAGAUGACCAAAUUUUCCAAUUCUGCCAAAAUGCUCUCAGAUUCCCCAUCUGCAAUACCCUCAGAUUCACAACCUUCUCUCUCAUUAUCUGGAGCUCAGGCAGUUGAUGAUAAGGUCAGGAAUUCUGUCUCACCCCAGGUAUCCAGAGCAGGUAGUGACCCUACAGAUAAAGUGGGUCACUUUGUCUCUGAAAUCCCACGUACAGCCACAGAAAUGGACGAAACUGUGAGACCUGAGACCCAACAACCUUUGAUGGAUGCUUGUCCCGAUGAUGUGCUCUAUAUAUCUGAUCUCACCACCUUCUCCUCCCGAUUCUGCGGUUCUAGACAACCUUCUAGCAGCCAGCUGGUGUUUGGGGCAGACGAUGAGAUGGUGGAGGUCAUCAUGGAGUUGAUAACUACUACCCACUGGGGUCGUGGUUUUGCUUUGCUCUUCCAUUACCAGAAUCAAACCCAUACGCCCACAACUGGACACCAGAGAUCAGUUUUGACCUCAGACGGCAACACUGGCGCAUUGCUCGGUGCAGUAAGUGGAGUGGUCAUGUUUUCUGUGGCUCUUGCUGGCACCCUCUGUGUGAUUUUCAGAUCCAAACUCUGUGCGAAAGGAGCCAAUGCUUCCUCAUUAAUCAGCUCAGAGGUUCCAGAAGGAGUGCUGAAUUUAGCAGUAGAUGUAAGUGAACUACAGAUGGUUUCUCCUAAUCACUUGGAGCAGCAGCCUGGUACAGUGAAUGAUAACAACAACCAUUCCCUCCACCGGAGUCUGUCCCAUACAGGGUUAUCAGUCAAUGGAGCAUGUGAUGUAUCAGAGAAAGCUGCUCUAGAGAUGUUCUCCAGUGGCCGGACAGAAAUAGAGCUGGGCACAGAUGAAGUGUUUGUGAUCGCUUCUGCCCCUACUUCAGCCAAACUUCCCUUGUCUUCACACACUCAACGCGAGCGUUUCCUGAGACACAGUGACACGGGACCCAGCCGCACUGGAUCGGCCAAUAGUGCGCGACCACGAGCUUGGAGUGUCCGAACAUUCCAGGAUCUCCUUCCUCAACUCCAUAAGAAAUGGUGCAGCUGGAACUCCACCAGUCCCUUCACCAAACUGGUGGACCAUGGACUUCCAAGCACAGCUACAUAUGCUCACAAUUGUGGAAGGGCAAAGGUCCUUUCUGACGCUCCACUUCAGAGUCCUGACCAUAACUGUCACUCUGACUCCUACAUGAGCAACGCCUCGUACCCCCUGACUCAACCUGCCGAGCGACAACGCUGGCUCAACUCCACCAGCAAUCUCCGAUGCACCCGAUUCAACACACCAUGCUUUGGCUUGCUCUCUGGAAACUCAGAGUCCUUCAGUCCACAAGAGGGCACUGCUGUGAAUGAAAUUACAACCUCAAACCAGCUCGCUGAGACCACCAGUGCCCCCUCUGGCCAACAGAAAGCCCAGGGUGAAGUAUUAAGUGCGGAGGAUGACCACGUCACUAUGCCAGUGUUUGCUAUUUCAGAAGAGGAAGAUUGUCAGCCUCUUGUAUUAGCAGAACAUCAUGAAAUGCCUUUGAAGGUCAAUAGACAGAUGUGUGAAGGCCCAAAAAUGCCCCUGCUAUCAAAAGGCCAGAUCUCCGACGUCCAACCAACAGAUCGCUCAUUAGUGAGGGGAGGAGGCCCAAGCCAUGGUGCGGCGUUGCCUCUUGAAAAGCAGGGCUCUUUUACUGUCUCAUGCUAACAGAGAAAUAAAGUCUGCCUUGAGUACCAAUUUGCUAUUUUAAUCAGUGCUGUGCAGUUUGAGUGUGAUGGUUAUGUGACCAGUUCUGCCGAUAGAUGAUAUCAGCAGGACUGAAAACUCCCUGCUGAUUGGCUUUCGCCUUAUGAGCUGUUCUCAGUGUUUUCUGAUUGCAAGACAUUGAGCAUGUAUUUGAUUUCAGAGGGGUUUAUUAUGAAUGUUGGUAUGAUUCAUGAAAAGUAUGUUUUGUUAAAGCACUUGUUAUUGUUCUUCCAAGCCAUCGGUUUUGUAUUCGCACAGUUCAUUUGUUUAGUAUAAAACAUCUAACAAUAUAUUUUGUAACCUGCAAUUGUUUUGAAAUUACAUAUUUAUAUGAUCAACAUUUAACCAUGAAUAAUGUUUCACUCAAUAGUGAGAGUUUAAGAAGUUGUAGACUGACUGCAUUAUUUUCAUUAUAAAAAUUCCAUAUAUUGGCUCUAUGAACAAUACAGCUUGUUCUUAAUCCUUUUGCAACACGCAGUCGAAAGCUGCUUGGCAUCUCUUGCAACCUCAAGUUUUAAUUUUUUGCAAUUCACCAUGGGUCCAAUAUAUUUUAUACAGUUAAAAACACUAAGUGUUUUUACACAAUAAUUUUGACUUGUUCUGACUGAACAUUCUAUCGAUUCUGUCACUUCCACUAUGACAUCACAACUGUUUUUCCACCUAUAUCACUUCUAUGUGCCUUGUGGCAAUCAACUAUGCUGCUAAAUAUGCACUGAUGCGAUAAUUUGAAAGUGUAUACAAUCAUGUUUUUAUAAUGUAUUCAAUUUCAUAUAUGCUGUAACAGUAUUUCCAUUGUAUAGUGUGUUUUGUAGUUUACAUAAAUGCAGUAAUAUUGCCAACAGUGUACUGAUUUCAAUGCUGGAAUAUAAAGGGAACUGAUCACUGUACAGACCUUUAAAAAUGCAGUAACUAACACUUCAUACAAAUAAACAUUAUUGUAUAGUGAAAU